CCCGCGGCGUGUUUACCUAUCACGCAAGCUACCAAGACUCUUGCUGCAACCUCCAGGGCUAGAUCCUGAUUUACACAGCCUACUCAAAGAUCCAAGAUCUAUCCCCUACCGCUUCUUGCAUAAAUACCUGACCUCUUCCCACAAGCCUUCCCCCCACUCAUCAACCACUUCAAUUCAAGUCUCACAAACAACAUCAACCACACCUACACAAUGGAUUACCUCAACAAGUUCACCGGUGGAAGCAACAGCAACCAGCAGCAGACUGGCCAGACCGGCCAGAGCGUCAACGAGCAAGUCGCCAAUGACAAGAGCUCCGGCGGAGGCUUCCUAGGCGGCAUCGGUGAUAAGCUGAACUCUGCUGCUGGCGGCGGAAAGGAGAGCGAGAAGAACGAGGAUUACCUCGACAAGGGUGUCGACUACGUGCAGGAGAAGUUCCUCGGACAAGGUCCUCAGGACAACGAGUCUGCUGUCGAGCAAGCCAAGGACGAGCAGAUCUCCGACUUCAUUCGCAAGCAGUACAAGGGCACGACCGGCUCCGACAUCCCCAUCAAGGACAAGGAGACUAGGUUCGGUUAGUGUUUGAGUUUGCAAGCUGAACUCAACGCUGGUAUAGCGAUACCCAUGGGGCCGUGAGCCAAUUGGACAGGAGAUCCACUGGUCAUGAAACUACGAUUAUGACAGUCAUGAAAUAACAGAAUACAUUCCUAUACUGCCUUCCAUGUCCCUGUGUGUGCUCUU